GGAAAAUUUUGCAGGGCAGUUUCACUGGACGGCUUUGCAGAAGCCGUGCCAUUUGAAUUUCAGCACAGACAUCCACACACUGCGCUCUCCAUUUCUGGCGUGUCUCCCAGCGCAGAGUUUAGCUGAGGGUUUAGUUUUCCCUCCUCUCUCUCCCUGCAGUGACAGCUUCUCUGGGCUCUGCUAGCCAGGACAGGACUCCCAGGCGAUCAUGGAGGAUACUACUUUGCAAAUAAUCGAACCACCAACUGCUUCUGAGGCCUCAGAGGAGCAAGUGCCCGAAGAACCCAUCAAAUCAGACCAGAUCAAUGGCGUGAUGGUGCUGACCCUUCUGGACAAGAUCAUUGGAGCAGUGGAUCAGAUCCAGCUGACCCAAACACAGCUGGAGGAGAGACAGCAAGAGAUGGAUAGCGCAGUGACCAGCAUCCAGGGAGAGUUAACCAAGCUGACCAAGGCACACACCACCACCAGCAACACCGUGAACAAGAUGCUGGAAAAGGUGCGCAAGGUGAGCGUCAACGUGAAGACCGUCCGUCAGAACCUGGAGAAGCAAGCUGGGCAGAUAAAGAAGCUGGAGGCCAACGAAGCGGAGCUCCUGAAGCGCAGGAACUUCAAAGUUAUGAUCUAUCAGGAUGAAGUGAAGCUCCCGUCUAAACUGAGCAUCAGCAAGUCUCUAAAGGAAGGUGAAAAGCUGGAGAAGGAAGGCGAGGGUGAGGAGGUGCCCGCAGGUGAGGACCAUGCAGAGGAGGACCACAUCCAGCUCUCCUCAGAUGAAGAGGUGGAGAUUGAAGAGAUUAUUGAAGAGUCAAGAGCAGAGCGCAUCAAAAGGAGCGGCAUGAAAAGAGUGGAUGACUUCAAGAAGGCAUUUUCCAAGGAGAAGAUGGAGAAGACUAAGCUAAAGACCAAGGAAAACCUGGAGAAGACCCGCCACAACUUGGAGAAGACCCGCCACAACCUGGAGAAGAGGAUGAACAAACUGGGCACGAAGAUUGUGACUAACGAAAGGAGAGAGAAGAUGAAGACCUCUCGGGACAAGCUGAGGAAGUCUUUCACCCCUGACCACACCAUAUACGCCCGGUCCAAGACAGCCGUCUACAAAGUGCCACCCUUCACUUUCCACGUCAAGAAGAUCAGAGAGGGAGAGGUGGAAGUGAAAGCCACGGAGCUGGUGGAGGUCGGUGGAGAGGAGGGAGAGAACUCGGAUCUGCUGCGUGGGGAGAGCCCUGAGAUGCACACGCUGCUGGAGAUCACGGAGGAGUCCGACGCGGUGCUGGUGGACAAGAGCGACAGCGAGUAGGAGAGGCCGCGGCGCGGAAGGGUUGAGGACGACGGCGGAUCACGGAAUCAUUCACAUUUCAAGCUCUCUCUCUCUGCCCUGGAGCCCCAGGGGAAGUUACACCAAGCAUCUUUACUACCCUGCAGAGCCGACGCCGACCCCCUGCCUGCUUGGACGAGGUGUAUUUUAUAUUUUAGUUUUAGCACACAGAAACAUUAGGAACACAGGACUUUUGUUGUUUGUUUUCUUUUCUUACACUGUUAAAUAAAUCACCCUCAGAGACCAUUCCUGCUGCAGGCUGCCAGAGAGCCUUCAAGCACCCGACCUGAAGACGGGUUUUGAGUGAUGGGGAUCUGACCCAAGCUGGAGAGUGCUAAAACCAAGAUAACUGCUGUACACCUGGAAAGCUCAAAUGUCCUCCAUAAGCAAAGACCUGGUGUCAAGACAGCUUCCUGCCAAGCAGCCCACUGGCCCACACCACCCUGGCUCCCUCUGCCAACCUGCACGGCCAGCCCCGCAUGCAGGAAGCCUCCCAGCACGCCACCUCUUCAGGGGAGCGGAGGAAAUGGGAUGCACCCAGCAUGCGUGAGAGAAAAGCCAAGCAAGUCCUGUUGAUGGGCAGAAUAUGGGUGAAGCUGAGCUGGUCACAUGGCAGGCCCACGAGUGCUCCUCUCUGCCCUCCCAAGGACUGGGUAUCGCGGCAGUGCCAGGACUGGCUUUGCCACAAAGCCAUCCUGCUCCUGGGACUGCCACAGGUGCCCCAGGGGAUGCUGCUGCUCCUUCCUGCUGUCCCAGGGCUGUCGCAGAGAUAACCCUGGGGCUGCAGCAGGAGCAGCACGAGCCACAUGCUCCCCUGCCCCAGUUACAGAUGUGGCUGCCAGAGGCCCCAUAGCCACGGGCAAAUCCUUGCUGGGGCACGGAGCACCGUGAAGUUGGGGUGCUGGAUCUGGUCCCUCCACACCCACAGAGGUGGUGGCAGCAGGCAGUGAGGUAUGUGCUCCCUGCCCAGGGGAGAGGGGAUGUGUAGGCCUCAGUGCCAGAGCAACUGCCACCAGCUGCAACUUGUUUCCAGAUGGGAUAUGGGUUGUGCUCCUGCCAUGUGAGACUCUUGACUGUCUGAGAGCAGCCUUGACACCAGCACUGGACUUUGAGUAUUUCCAAGCACAUGCUUUCUCCAGGGGUCUCAGCAUGGCUCAAGCUUGUGCCCACAUCCUGUGUUUCCCGCUUUGUGCAGCUUUGCCCACCCCCCGUUCCCUCCAGCAAAGCAGCGUUAGGAUAGCUAACCCACCGCAGAACACAGCCCCAGCUCAGCGCGGGGCCGCCACCACCGCAGCACAGCCCGGCCUCGCAUGCAGCCCGGCACGAGGGGGAGCUGCGGCCGCGCCCGGGGAAGCUGAACCCGGUGGCCAGGCAAAGGGAAGCACCCGUUCCUGCUCCCCGCCGUCUGCCUGCUGCGCUCAGCCCUUCCCCGAGAGCCCGUUUCCCCGCAGGCAGGGCCGCUCCCGCUAACGUAACCCAACAUAUACGCUUGCUUUCCCGCUAAGAAGGAUUUCCCACCUCCUCGCCUAGCGCACGCACAGCCCGGAGCCCCCGCCCGGCGCCCGGGGACGCGGCCGCGGGGCUGCCCGAGCCUCCUGCGGGCCCAGCGGCGGCGGCUCCCCGGCGAGCAGCGCGUCGGGGGCG